GUCAGGUGUAUUUCUCAGGAUUGCAAGAGAUGUAAAUGUUAAGGGAAUAGAAUUAAAAGGAAUUUCACAUAACUUUGAUAUUUUAGAUGCAACAAUAAUAGUUCACUCUGUUAAAUUUUUUGUCUCUGGCUUUCUACAAUGAAAAAGGUAUCCUCGUAACGCAUAUUGGUAAAUGUUGGAAACACUACUUGAGCCGUGGGUUCAUUUUAGAUGUUCUAGGAUGUGCCCCAAUGUAUCUCAUCCUGAAUAUCAUACUACCAAGUAAUAUUGAUGAAAGCAAUGAGGUUUUACUAAACACUAUUAUGAAGUUUGCCCAUUUGUACAUGUUGCUUGGCUAUUUCAACUAUAUAGCAGAUUCGCCAACGAAGAAUAUUGCAUUUUAUAUGAUACUAAAGUUCCACAUAUUGAGUAUGCUGGUGGUGUUAGGUACUAGUAGCUACUUUGUCAGCAGAUGUAUUGACUUCGGUUGGGAUGCGGCGGGUCAACUUGUAACAAUGACUCGUCGCAACGAAUGUUGGAUCCCAAGUUUUAUACCUUUAGAUGAAAAUCCUACAUUGGAUCAAUUACAUAUGGUGUAUGCUGAAAGUUUCAAUCUGGCCCAAUGUGGACUUAUGAGGUUCCAUCUUGGCAGAUUCCGAAUAGAUCGCGAGAAUUUCGGCGUUGGAAUUACCCUUGUGAUUCUUGGAAUACUGUUCUGGUUUAUAACGUGCUAUUCUUUAACACUUCUCGUACUGAAUUUUCGUGGUAACACCUUAUUUCAACACAGAGUUCGGCAGUUACGAAGAUUCUUGGAAGCCGAAAGAGUGGAGAAGCAUAUUAUUGUUCAGGCAGUUAACCACUUCAGAUAUUGGUGGUUCAGAACAAAAGGAAUAAAUAUACAUAAAUUAAUGAAUGAACGCGUUGGUGUGGUAUUUCGACAAGAUCUUGCAUACUACUUUUAUAAAGCAACUAUAGAAGCAACGGACACCUUACUACAUGGAGGUGAAGCGUUACAAAGACAACUGGUCAGCCUAGCGACUCAGUGGUACUUCCUGCCCGGACAAGUGAUUGUGAGAGAGAUGGAUCUGAGUCCCUGGGUCUACAUCGUACAUAGAGGCGUGAUUACCAUUAAAAGAGACGAUUCCAAUACAAUUAUACUGACAAAGGGAUCAAUAUUCGGUCAGCUAGAUGGCAACAAACCAAGACCAGUCCGUAUGACAGCUAUUGCUGAAAAUUAUGCUGACUUACUGCAGAUAACAAUUAAAGACUUUCAAGAUAUUAUCGAUAAUAAGACGUGUGAAUACAUUUCGCUUAAUCAACAAGCGAAAAGUGACUUUAUGGCUGUUCAUAAAAUAUGUGAAGAAGAUCCGUUUAACACAAUACAAUACAUUCUUCGUGGACGUAAGAUGAUAAAACUACCCUGGAAGAAUGAAAUUCUGCGAGCGAAAUCCGGUUCAUAUUACAGUCGCUGGUUGUAUUUGACUUUAUUCUUUGGCCCUUUUGCAUCGUCUUGCAUUACGUUGAUGGCAGUUACUGUAACCUAUCACCAACUAAUGAUCAUCGAAUGGCUUGUUAUCAUGUUUGAUAUUCUACACUGCAUGUACUUGAUAUCAGAAUUUUAUACGAUUGAAUUGGUUGUUGUGAAUGGACAGUGCAGAGAAAGACCUGUAAUGUUUCGAAUGUUUAAGAAUUGGCAAUAUUAUAUUGAUAUAUUGUCGAUAGUGUUACCACUUUUCACCGAUAUAUUGGGCACGUGGAAGUGUCAAUUGGCAAGAUUAUUAAGGUUGUGGUGUCUUUAUAGGUUUCAUAAAAUCUUUUGCCGAGGUUUUAAGAGUCAUGUCGCUCCAGUUUUAUUGAAAUUGGCGAUUGUUUGUUUGACAAUCCAUGGUAUAACUUGUGGCUGGAUUUAUAUAGCAUGUCAUGAUCAAAAUUUUCCAAUGGAACUACCUGAACUGACUUCUGAUGUUAACGCGACCAUUGAUUAUGAUGAGUGGGCUAGUCCGCUAAAUAGAAAUGGGGGAUGCGCUCGCGUAACUAUUAUAUUUGAAGUUAACGGUAAAAACAGAUUGGGUUUCCUUGUCCCUAAGAAGCAGUUUGCCGAUUAUAUUGUUGCAUUCAUGUAUGUCUUUGUUGUUUAUACACAUCAAGAAAUAGAUGUUGUUGUUGCUCUAACAUUGCCCGAAAUAUAUUACAAAGUAUUGAUCAACUAUAUAAUACAGCCGAUGGAGAUCUGGGUACUGAGUGUCGCGAUAAGUUCCGUGUACGCCAAGUAUCGGGAAUUGUACUCAUAUGACUACAAUGUGCUGAAUCUGAUAGUUUAUCUUGAGCACAGCGGUCUUUGCCCCGUUUGGCUUGACUCCGUGAAAGAGUACACGAAGCAAUUGUGGCAGAGACAAAGAGGUAAUUGGCUCCCCGAGUUGGCCCGUCAAGCCCCGCAAUGCCUGCAGGAGGAUAUCUUCUCUGCAUUGUACAUGCAUCAUUUAGAAACGCUCCCCUUAUUCAGAGAGCUCCCGCUAUAUUUCAGACGUCAACUUGUAACGAGACUUCAAAGGGUCGUCAUAUUUCCCGGUAAAUUUAUUGUGCAAGAGGGUGAUAUAUUUUCAUGUUUGUAUUUAAUACACGAAGGCGAGGUUGAAAAAUGGUAUACUGAUAAGAGUGGUGAGAAAAAAAUGGUUUCAACAUUAACAACAAAUGGAUAUUUUGGAUUGAUUCCCGCUGUUUUUCCGAACACACCAUUCCAAUUUUCAUACUAUAGUCGUACAGUCGUUGACUUCGUUUACCUUCGAUUCUCCAAUUGGCAGGAUUUGCUGCAGGGCUACCCGAAUAUAAAGUAUGAAUUGUACAAAAAUGCCAAACUAUUGAAGAAGGAAUUGUUUGUGUGAUUAGAAUAAAAGCUGUUAUUAUAAA